CAAUUUUGUCAAUGUCCAGUAAUCAUCAUUCACUCUGUGUGCUGCUGAUCGUAGAGUCAAAACAAAAAAUUGUUAAUUUCAUGAUAUUUUUGCAGUAAUUUGCUUUAUUUUAUAAUAUAAUAUAGUCUAUUUAAUAAAACGUAUAGACGUAAUAAGUGUAAGGGCCAACCUGUAUAAUAAAAAUGUCGUUGGAGACGGUACCAAAAGAUCUUCGUGGACUGAGAGCAUGUUUGGUAUGCUCAUUGAUCAAGACUUUUGAUCAGUUUGAAUAUGAUGGGUGCGACAACUGUGAUGAAUUUCUACGACUGAAGAAUAAUAAGGACAAUGUUUAUGACUGCACUAGUAACAAUUUUGAUGGGAUGAUAGCUGUUAUGAGCCCGGAAGAUAGUUGGGUCUGCAAAUGGCAACGCAUAAACCGAUUUUGUAAAGGAGUAUACGCAAUAUCAGUAUCAGGAAGACUACCAGCUGGUGUUAUAAGAGACAUGAAGAGUCGUGGCUACGUUUACAGACCAAGAGAUACAAGCCAGAGAUAAACAUCAAUUUAGCAUAGUAUUUCAUUAAAAGUAAUUUAAUAAUCUCAUGGUUCAUUUUCUUGUAUUGUCCCCAUAAUGCAUGGAAAAUAAAAUAAAAAUAUAAUUUU